UUUACAAAAUUAGUGCGCCAGCUGCCGUAGUAACUUUCUCACGCAGUGGAACCUGAAAAUCAGGACAUUUUUCGAUAUUGUACCUCGAAUUUGUAUCCUAUUGGAAAUAUUAUUGUUUGAUUGUAAACAGUAUCACCUGACCAAUCGGAAAAUUAUCGAUAUGAGGGACUGAUUUUGUUGAUUUCUUCGGAAUUCUACCUUCUUUCGAAAGAUUUUAGCCGCGUACGUGCGCUAGAUUCACACCGGUAUCAUAAUGAAUAACAGGCGAUCUAUCCGUGACCGCGACCGAGUCGUGAAAACGAACAGUAGUAACACCGGCAGGGCAAAUCGGGGGUCUGCCAGGAAUUCUGUUCCACAGAAUGCUUCCCCUCCUACCACAUCUCUAAAGAGUCUGCAAGGUUUAUAUGCCAACCAACACUUUGUCCAUGUGGCCAGUGUGGCAAAAGGCUGUACAGCAGAGCUUCAGGUCAAGAGUGGUAAAAAGUUUGAGGGAAUCCUGACUACAGUCUCCCCGAUGGGUGAAGUUGAGCUGCGCCUAGCCCAUCCUAUUGAUUCUAGCGAUAACUCAGUGGUACCAACUCCCGAUUUAGUUACCGAUAAAAUGCUGUUCAAGUCCGCAAGCAUUGUGUGCAUCAACAUUAAAGAUGUCGACAUGGAAUAUGCAAGUAAAGGAGCUGAUGCUUUCCAGACUGAUGGGGAGAUAUCAUCAAGGAAGCAGAAUGGACAGGUUUCAGAACGGGAGCUUGAGGCAUUUGAAUCUGAUGCUAAUCUAGGAGAUCUAAGUCUGGGAGAGGACCCCCUUUCAUCAGGAAGUGCUAAUGGCUGGAGUGCAGAAGACAUGUUUAGAAGGAAUGAACAAAUGGGUGUCAAAUCAUCCUAUGAUAGCAACCUUGGCGAGUACACAACUCCAUUAGAAAUGAAAGACACGGACGAUUAUCAGAGGAAGGUUAUAAGGGCUAAUCAACUGGCCAAGAAGAUUGAGGGUUCUAGUGAUUACAUGGUUCGAAUCGGUAAGGAAUUGGAGACUACAGAAGAAGACAGGUUCAGUGCAGUAGUACGUCCAAUGAACCCUCCACAGUCUGGUCAUAGUUCUUCCUCUUCUCCUGUUAGUGCUUCCAGUAAUGAGGGCCAUAAUAGCAGGUAUGUGCCUCCAGCUUUGAGGAACAAGCAAGAUGGCCCAUCGUCAAACAGCAGCGGGGGACCCCCUGGUCACCAUCAUCGGAAUCACCAACGGGCCACCCCACCUCCUGUACUGCCCCUGCACAGUGCGGCUGGCCGCAACAGGGCGCAGUCCCCCCACAUGCAUCCCCCACACCAGCAAUCGUACCAGACGUCUCCCCACAACCUCCCCUCCCCACAGCAGAGGGUGCAAACACCUCCUCAUGGACACCCAGCUGCUAGGAACCAGCAGAUGCCCAUGCAGAUGCAGCAAUCACCUCAACAAUCUCAUAUGGCUGCUAAUCCAAGGUCACCUGUGUCGCAGCCACCCCUCCCUCAAAGGUUACCCUCCAGUGGGAGACGGACUGCCCCUGACAUGGGCAAUCCUAUCAUUCGCUCACCAGUGCAAUCUAAUGUUCCAGCCCCAGCAUCGUCGUCAUCGAUACCGGCCGCUGCGGCUGAUAAACCAUCUAAUAUUGAAAAAUCAGGGGCUGGUCCUCAAGAUGUAGAUAAGAAGGCAUCAGAUGUAACUCAGGCUCCCAGGAUUAUUCCAACCAUGGACAGGAGUCCAAGGGCCGCUAAUGAUUCAAGUAAAAAGCAAACUAUAGAAAAUUUAAAAGAGUUUGGAGAUAAUUUCAUGUUACAAGAUAAGGACAAGGCGGGAGCAGCCACAGCACAAGCUUUCUCUCAACCGGCAUCACCACAUGCAGCAACUGCUACUCAGGGGGCCGCCACACCGAGCACACCAACCCAGCCACCUCAAGAACAACAGCAACAACAACAACAACAAGGCAAGCCUGCUGUUCCUGCUGCUGCAGCACAACCCUUGCAACCAUCAAUACCAUCACCAGGAGGACCAGUUAGUGAGCCGGCAACGUCUGCUCCUUCCAGUUCCUCAGUUCCUCCUGUUGUAGCAACAACACAAACACCUAUCACGUCGUCAACAGUGGCUGCUACUGCAACGUCUACCAUGCAGACGCCUGAAAAAGUCACAACUCCAACCUUGACGGGAGAUGAGAAAAAAGAUGCAGGAGAUGUGGUCAAGAAGUCAACGCUAAAUCCAAAUGCAAAGGAAUUCAACCCACUUGCCAAACCAUUUGUUCCACAGAGGAUGCAACCUCAAAAGACACCUACCCCUCCACGACCACCAUCUCAACCUAGUCCAGCCCCCCAGGUUAUACCUGGUCAGGCCUAUAGUCAGCAGCUCAAUCAGCCCAUCCUUGGAAUACCACUUCCUCAGCCUGUACACUACACCCCGAUCAGGGGAGUGGGACCAAGAAAAGGUGCCACAAACCUGCCCCAGAUCAGAUCGCAUGGCGGUCAACACGACAUUCACAUGUUGCCGGUAUCAAUAGCUGCGGGUCAGCCCUUGGUCGCACCGGUUCCUACCAUGCUACCCUUUACUCCUCACCAGGCUGGUCCUGGUGGUGGCCCCGUCUCUAGUGCUCAACCCAUCAACCAUACCCAGGUGUUAGGUCAUAAUCCCAAUGUGCCCUACGUCUACAACGUCCACCAACAGAAGGCGAUGGGUCCAAGGUUAGCAACCCAACAGAACAUGGUAGCAGCAGGCCAAGCAGGUGGCCAUAGUCAACAUCAGAUAUCACAGGAUCCACAACAGGUCAUGGUCUUUCCACAGAUGAUUCCUGCCGGUAUAAGUAAUUUCCAGCACCCGGGUAACAUCCCCAUCUCGCAGCAGACGCCCAGUCAGAUGCCUACCCCAUACCAUCAAUUCAGCCAGCCCCAGCCCCAUCAGAACCCGACGGUCCAAUAUCAGCACCAACAACCCCACCAGCAGUCUCAUCAGCAGCACCCUCACAAUCACCAGCAUACCACCCCACCCCUCUCCCAUACCCCUCAGGGUCAGAGUCAGGGGAGCGUGAUGCAGCAGGCCCAGGCUGCCCAUGGGGGUAGGCCGUCACCAAGCCCCGUCAAUCAGGCUGCCAUGCACCAGGCCAACCAACAGCAGCAACAGCAGCCACACCAACAGCAACAUCAGCAAUUCCAUCCACAGAACAUGCAAGCCAUGGGUCAACAACAGCAACAGAACCACCAGAUGAUGGCUGCCAUGGUUGCCGCCAACCAGCAGAGUGGUGGCAACGCCAGCGCCCCUCACGCUACCAACAACCACAACCAGCAACAGAACAUCAUCCAACCAAUGCACCCCCACCCUCAACCGGUCAUCCACCAGUACCCCCACACGCCCCAUGCGGUGGCGAAUAUCACCAAUGUUACCCCUGUGCACUCAUCGCCCCACCCCCACCCCAAGCCAGUCUUCCUUUCUAGCAAUCAGGGGCAGCACGGAGGAGGGGCUCAACCUAUCAACAUCCACGGUCAACAUGGCCAACAAUCUAUACUAACAUCACCAGUCCAAGGUCCUUACAUGCAGACGCAGCCAGGUCAAUUACAGCAGGCCCAAGUGCAACAAUUUCAGCCUAAUAAUUGAAGAGAUUUUCAGCAUUAUUUUGGAAAAAAGUCACAAAUAUGCAGUUUAAAACUUGAGAAUGGACUUCAAGUUGUGACAAGUAACAGAGAAUGCUGCAUUAGAAACUUGAGUAUGACAGCUGACAUUGCUGCUACUGUGUGAUUCAAGACUGCCGAUCGAGCAACGAAAAUGUUUGCUUGCCUGUGGAUUUUAUCUGCGCUUCGGUUGUGAGUGUCUUUUUAACCAUGGCUGUAGCAUUCCAGGACCAUUCACAGAGUGAACUGAAUGACAAUUGUGAGAGUGUAGUGAUUAGAACAGGAUUCCAAUCAGCUGAUGCUGCCACUGGACAUUGAAUUGCAAUCAGUUUGCUGACUGGCCGGACUGCUUAGUUAUGACGCUGCGAGUGCAUGGAUACCAAGAAGUACUGGAUGGACAGUGUAGUUGGACUGGUGUAGUGGAACUUAAUGGAAAACCUCUUCGGAACCAUAUGUUUUCAUACCAUGGAAGGAGAUUGCUUUUAACCAGCUUGUUGUUUUGCCUUUUAAGGAAGGACAUACUUUGGAGUAGACUUUAAUAAAAGCUAUACAAUGAAUAAAGAUGCAGAUGACUGCAUGAUGAUGCUGAUGAUAAUAAGGUGACGGUAGUCAUCCAGACUCUGCUUCGAGGCUGCAUUAUCGGGUGGAAGAAGAGCAGAGAGAAAAACUAUGAUAAAAGAAAAAAAAAUAAACACCUGUUUUCAGAGAUUAUAAUGAUAUAUAUGAUACCUUUUAGCCAAACAAUGCAUUUCUGAGGAAUGCUUUUAAAUUGGCCUUCCUCCAGAAAGUGAUUAUAAUGAUGACCAGAGGAAAUCUUUUAAGAGGAUGUUGCAAAGUGAUAGAUUUUAAUCUCCGCCAGGGUACGGUUCAAUUUUAUCUCGGUAAAGCUGAAAUUCUAUUUAUUAACAAAGGGUCAUUCUCUUGAGAAUUGGUAUGAUAUUGGGGAAUACAAAUUUCUUAAAGCUUUGAUAUUGGUCUUGGUUUUCAGAAUACCAAAAACAUUGGGGGAAAUUUGGUUUGAAUCUUAUCAAUAUAGUAGUAUGCUAUUCCCAGGCAAAAUAGACAUAAAUGGAGAUUAUAAAUAAUCACUUAAAAAAAAAAUCACAAAAAUUAUAUAAUGUUCUUGUAUUAAGAGUUUCAAACUGCAAUUGUAGCUCUUCAGGUGGAUCAAGUAAAACAGUUGAAUAAUUGCAACUGAAGUUAAUGGGCCAUGAUAUAUAUCUGAAACUAAUCCACUGGACUCUAUAAAGGUGGGAAUAAAACAGAUACAUUACUCGAUAUAUCAUAUUUGGGAAGGGGUCUGCAGAUUAGUGACUAUAAGUAUUUUGCCUGAUUAUUUGAUGUCACUAAAUAUACAAAGCUAUGUAAACCUUUGCACAAGCGAGGAGGUUUCACUGCGAAGUACUGCCUUGCACUAGGUGUGCAAUAUAACACCCCCACAAAGGGAUAAAAUGGCAGUGCUGUAAACACUCCUAUGUCCCCAACUGCCCCCCGGGAUAAGGAGAAGAGGUUGUGGAGUUGGAAGAUAGAUGUAUUCUUCCAAACAAAUAAGAAAAAUUAAAGGGUUUGUAUGUUUUGGGUAAGGGUUGGCCGGUACAGUCUCAGCUUGGGCUCAAUUUAUUUCAUUAUUUUGGAGUUUUUUUUGCCAUAAGAUAAAACAGUGCUUUCUCCAACAUUUGAUCAUAAUCAUAUUUAUCUUGUGCUUGACAAACAUCUAUUUGACUACAGUUAAUAUAUAUUUUUUGUUGUUUAUUAAUUUAAAUAAUGAAUUGCCUAAUGCUGCCAUUCUUUGAUUUUGCUUUACAAUUGUUUUAUGUGGAGUGGACCUUUUCAUGGAAUAAUUUGCUUCCCACCUCAGUGGAAUAACUACUGUUUAUUCAAGUUUGUUGACAUUCUGUCACAUGACAUUUUUACUUGAUGUUUCACUCAAAAUCUUAAUGAAAUUCACCCGAUACAGUGUGCAUCAGCAGUAAAAGCAAAUUUUUCUGGACCCCAAUUAUCCCAAUAUGUUCAGGUUUGGUAUUACCACUGUGGGUGUGAUGUCAGAAACUAAAAAAGAAACUAAAAAAGAAACUAAAAAAGAAACUUCAAAAUGGCAAUGUUUUGAUGCAACAAAUCUCGGGUUCUAAUUCCAUACAAUUUUCUUUACUUUCAUCAUAGUAUUGCAUAUAGGUAAUGUCCCUAUAACACUGAUGGUUUGUGCAACAACAGAUUUGGGAUGAAAAGUUCAGUUUAGGUACAGUCCUACAGAAAGCACAGCAGAAGAGACUACAGAUUGUCUUGAAUUCACAGCUCUAGUUGUUUCUCAUUUGUAACCUUCAACUCAAAACCAUAAGUUAUUCACUUUAGAAUAGACCUAUAUAUAUCAUACUGUAAUGAGAUAUUUUGCAUAAAUGCCUACAAAAUAGCCAAUUAGUCGGUUCAUCAUGAAUUGUUCCCCAAUUAAUGACAACGAAGAUCUUUACAAUAUCUUUUUAAUGUGAAGAUUUUAGAUGAAAAAAAAUAUACGUCCCAUGAUAUGAGUGUAUAAGCUGCAAAUCUUUGAGUGUGAGUCUUGUGUCCUAUUAUUGUUCUAGCCUUUGUCCCACCUUGUUUCACUAGCGUGAAUGAAAAAAAAAAGAACAAAGCAAAAUUGAGAGGUGAAGAUUUUAAAACAUUUUUUAAUACAAAAAUCCAUAAACUGUUUAGUAAGAUUGUAAGCAUGGGGAUCAGCUUAUCCAAGCUGUUUAUUUGCACUCUUGAGAUAAAAUUCCUUUAAUAAAACAAGCUGAGACUUA